CAUCUUGUCACCCCGUACGCACGAAACGAGCUCCUCAGCAGUUGGGAUCCGUUCGGCAUUCUCUCACAAUGACCAGUGCUAAGGUGCCAGUCCGCCCACUGGGCAGCCACGGCAUGUUGUCAAGCGCUCAAGGACUGGGAUGUAUGGGAAUGAGUUGGGGCUACACGAAUGCAGAUAGAGCUUCUGGAUCGGAACCCGAGAGCAUCGCCGUUAUUCACAGGGCUCAGGAGUUGGGCAUCACUCACCUUGACACAAGCGAUGUCUAUGGCCCCCACACCAAUGAGCAGCUUGUUGGCCAGGCAAUAGCGGGCAGGCGAGACCAGUACACCAUUGCCACCAAGUUUGGCGCGGUCUUUUCGGAAAAGGGAGCUGAAGUGCAUGGCAGCCCCGAGUAUGUGCGCUCAGCGGUGGAGGGGUCUUUGAAGCGGCUGGGCAUUGAUCAGAUCGACCUGUACUACCAGCACCGUGUGGACAGAACUGUCCCCAUUGAGGAGACCUGGAAGGCCCUGAAGGAGCUUGUGGAGGAGGGCAAGGUGAAGUACCUGGGCAUCUCAGAGGCGACGGCCGAUGAGAUCAGGCGCGCGCAUGCUGUUCACCCAAUCACGGCUUGCCAGCUGGAAUGGAGCCUCUGGACUCGCGGCGUGGAGGACGAGAUUAUUCCCACACUGCGGGAGCUGGGCAUUGGCAUAGUUGCAUACAGCCCCUUGGGCCGCGGCUUCCUCACAGGCGCCAUCACCAAGAUCGAGGAUCUGGGGGAGGGAGACACGCGGUCUAAGAUACCGCGCUUCCAGAAGGGGGCGUUUGAGUCCAACUUUGCACUGGUGGAGCGGGUGAAGGAGCUUGCAGCCAAGAAGGGUGUGACAGCCGGACAGCUGGCGCUUGCGUGGGUGCAUGCACAAGGCCCUGAUGUCUUCCCCAUCCCAGGCACCAAGCGCAUCAAAUACCUGGAGGAGAAUGCAGCAGCUUUCCACAUUCAGCUGAACAGCGAUGAGAAGGCGUACCUUGAGGAGAUCUUCAACCCUGAAAAGGUGGUUGGCUCGCGGUACCAUCCUGCAAAUUUGGCAAUGGGUUAUGAAGGAGGAAAGGAUUCUUCUUGAGCCUGGAAUUCCUAUCUUUCCAGUCCUUGCACUUGAGCAUUCAUGCAAUCUGUUGCUGGCAGCUGUCAGCCUUUGGAUAGUAUGGAGAUCUUGAGGAGCCUUAUUGUGCAACCAAGUUGUCUAGUAACAUCCAUCGCAUGAUGGCACUCCUGCGGCUGGCCUGUUCUGUCCGUUGAAGGUGAUGACUGUCUCAUGCCGGCAAGUAAUUCAUGUAAUUCGUGUUAUGCCAGGC